UGAUGUGCCAUCGCUGGCCAAUAGCCACGUCCACAUCCACGAGCCCGGAGCGCAGCGGCACCAAAGUUUGUGCGUAAAAAGGCGGCGCGGCGGAGCGGAGCGCGAGGAGCCAUGACUCACCCACUGUCACCUCCUCUGAGAGUAAAACACUGCUGUCCUGAGGUCCCUUCCGCUCAGAUGUGUGUGAGAAACACACAACUGCACUUGACUCGCUGAAUCUGUUUCCACAGCGAUGACUGGAGAGUCUGAAGCGAUGAAGCGGAGACGCGCGGCGCGUCCAUCUACCCAAACACCUUUGGAUCGAGUUUUCGCGUUCAUCGACACGCCGCUGAGGGUUCGUCAGGCUUCAAAAACCAAACCAGCAUGCCAGCAUCAGGACCAAAUCUAUCCUGAUUGAAGCUGUUCGCCUAAAAAACCUGCGUGACGCACCGAGAACUGCUCUUCAGCCAAAAAUAUCUCCUCAGCGCAUGCCAAAGUGCUUUUAGCUUCGUCCUUGUUAUCUGCUUCGCAACCUCAGUGACAUCAGCCAAUUCAAUCCAAUUCCCCAAAAAAAGUGCACACAAAAAGAGAGUUCACAGUGUUGGGAAUGUGCAAAGUGAAUCGCUUUAAUCACCUUUGAUGGAUAUCUCAGAUAAAUCACUCAUGCAUCAAACCGAAAGCUCUAUUCUUCCUCGAUAGAUCACACGAUCUGCAACAGCGCUGUUUGUUUAACUCUCAUUGCUCUGUAUGAUGCUCCAGCUGCACAUGCUUAUGAACACGGCAAAGCAACCUACGAAUUGAUGACUUUAUGACAAAAGAAUCCGACGCUCUCCGCAGCAUAAUACAUUUAGUUCCCUGUGUUUAUAUCUCACCCGCAGCGCUUUUUCCACCAACAUACAUCAUUAAAAGCUCAUCUUGGGGCAUUUGAGAAAUGAAACACAACAGGUUGAGUUUCAUCCCAUUCCCUCGGCGUGCUACCAGAAAUGCUCUGGGUUUCUUGCAUGACAGCCAACGUAGUAUUGGUAUUUUUUGCACAAACUGAAAGGACGGCAUCCUUAUUAAAUGCCUGGACGUCUUGAACAAAUGGUUCCCUUCAAAGACAACAUGACCCCGGAGUCAUUCCCUGAAAACUGUAGCAACUGCAGCCAAGUGCUCGUCCCGGAGCUGAACGUCAUGAAGGCGGUGGCUUUAGGGGUGGUUCUGGCAAUCUUCAUCGUGUUUGGCGUUUUGGGCAACAUCUUAGUCAUCCUAUCAGUGGCUUGCCAUCGUAAUCUACGAACAGUCACGCAUUACUUCAUCGUCAACCUAGCAGUUGCGGAUCUUCUUCUGAGCUCUACGGUUCUUCCGUUCUCCACGGUCUUCGAGAUGUUGGGUCGAUGGAUCUUUGGACGGCCUUUUUGUGACGUUUGGGCCGCGAUGGAUGUUUUGUGCUGCACGGCGUCUAUUAUGAGCUUGUGCGUGAUUUCUGUGGACCGAUAUAUCGGCGUUAGCUAUCCUCUACAGUACCCAUCUAUUGUGACAGAGCGACGUGCAUUGCUUGCGCUCAUAGCUUUAUGGGUACUGUCCAUCACUAUUUCCAUCGGACCUCUAUUCGGCUGGAAGGAACCGGCACCGGAUGAUGAAUCCAUAUGCAAGAUAACUGAGGAACCCGGUUAUGCCAUUUUCUCAGCUUUGGGAUCUUUUUACCUCCCUCUAGUGGUGAUUCUCUCAAUGUAUUGUCGUGUGUAUGUUGUGGCGAGGAGGGAAACGCGAGGACUGAUCAGCGGACAGAAAACUGAGAAGUCGGAUCACGCUGAGACCGUGACCUUGCGAAUACACCGCGGAAACAUGACGGUGUCCGAGGACGAGGCGUUACGCAACCGGACACACUUCGCACUGCGUCUGCUCAAGUUCUCAAGGGAAAAGAAGGCCGCCAAGACUUUGGGUAUCGUGGUGGGAUGCUUCGUACUCUGUUGGCUUCCGUUUUUCCUGGUUCUUCCGAUCGGUUCCAUCUUCCCAACGUACAGACCCUCGGACACAGUCUUCAAGAUCACAUUUUGGCUGGGUUACUUUAACAGCUGCAUCAACCCAAUCAUCUACCCCUGCUCCAGUCAGGAGUUUAAGAAAGCCUUCCUGAGCGUUUUGGGCGCGCGAUGCCUUCGCAAGAGAUCCACACCGUCCCAUACGCUCUACCAGAGCCACAGUCCCAGACACGGCCAGUCUCAGAUUCUGGGUCUUUCGAGUCGUGACAAUCCAUCACGUUUGAGCCCGUCCUCCUCCAUUGCUUUGUCCCGCAGCCCUUCCUCAAGGGAUGGCCGGGAUUGGCAAGCCCCCUCUCGCACCUCUUCUGUGGGGACGACUGGAGUCAGCACGGGGGUGAGUGUUGGAGCCAAAAUGGCGGGCAUGUGCGGUAAAAACCUGCUGAGGACGUGCUGCUGCGUGAGAGCGGAUUCACCGCAGCCGGAGCCGCCUGCGCAAAACUCACUCCCCGUCAUUAAAAUCCAUCAACUCUCGCUGUGUGAGGACGGAGAUGCAGUGUGAACAAACACACAAGGGGAAAUCAGUCGACGGAGACUCACGCUGACACUUCAGAACACAAGUUUAUGAAGAAAAAAAGCCUGAUGCCUUUCGAUGAAGCAGAAACGCCAUGUUUCCAUCCAACUUUUUUUUUCUAAUUAUAUUUAAUUUCUCGUUUUAUUUUUAUUAUAUACAGUGCUCAGGAUGAAUGAGUACACCCCAGUCAAAUCUAUUACAUUAAUAUUUUUCAUAGGAUGCUUUAUAAUAGUAUUUUGUGCAUAUGCAUUAGAUUAGUCAAUACUGAAG